GGACACCGCGGAGCCCAACCACCAUCACCAAGGAAACCAGCCGGCACGCCGUUGUCAUGGAGGCUAGCAUACGCAUCGCAGAGCCUAGUUGAGGCGCCGCCUCCGCCUGCACUUAGGCAGGAUGCUUCGCCGAGGCUAUAAGACCUCGGAAAGACGAAGACACGUGAGCGACCACCUCAGCUGGCAGCAAGACCAGGCGUUGAGUAGCAGCAUCUACCUUCUACGAGAGAUUGGCCCCACUGGCUUCCUGCUGAGGGAGGAGGAGCCGGAGAACAGGGAUUUCCGAGUUUUCCUAGGAAAUCCUCAUUCAUGUAACUGUUCCACAUUUCUGAAAGGAGGGGAUCUUUGUAAACAUAUCUGCUGGAUCUUGUUGAAAAAAUUCAAGCUUCCAAGGAGUCAUGAAUCUGCUUUCCAGCUGGGUCUUACAGAAGGAGAAAUCAGUUACUUGCUCCAGGGGAUACAUCGAGUUCAAACUCCCCAGCCAGGAACAAAUGAGGAAAAUACACAUGUUGAAGAGGAUGGGCACAUAAAGCAGAAGGAAAUUGGUUCAGAGGAUAUCUGCUCUAUUUGUCAAGAAGUGCUUUUAGAGAAAAAGCUUCCUGUCACCUUUUGCAGGUUUGGCUGUGGCAAUAGUAUUCAUAUAAAAUGCAUGAAGAUCUUGAUUAAUUAUCAGGAUACAAUGAUGAACAACUCCAUGUUGAAAUGUCCUCUGUGCAGGAAAGACUUUGCACCAUUAAAACUUAUUUUAGAGGAAUUCAAAAACUCUAGCAAACUUGUGACUGCAGCUGAGAAAGAGCGAUUGGACAAACACCUUGGAAUUCCUUGUAAUAACUGUAAACAAUUUCCAAUUGAAGGGAAGUGUUACAAGUGUACUGAAUGUAUUGAAUAUCACUUAUGCCAGGAAUGUUUUGGUAACUGCUGCCAUCUUUCCCAUAAAUUUAUGUUUCGUGAGAGAAGAAACCAAAAAUGGAGGCCACUAGAAAAAAGAUCAAAUGAAAUUGUAAAAUAUACAGGUAUGGAAGAAGAGAUACCACAUUUUCAAAAAACGAAAAGCCAGGUUUAUACACCAAAACAGAUCGUAAAGUCACUGCCUUUCUUACUGAUUACAAAGAAUAGUAAAUUGCUUGCUCCAGGCUACCAGUGUCGACUUUGUCUGAAGGCAUUUCAUCUUGGUCAGCAUAUAAGAUUGCUACCAUGUACUCACAAGUUUCACAGGAAAUGUAUUGACAACUGGUUACUUCACAAAUGCAAUUCCUGCCCUAUUGAUAGACAAGUUAUAUAUAAUCCUUUAAUCUGUAAAGAUACAGCAACGAAUGGACAAGCACAUCAGUCGGUUUCAAACACAGACGUCAUUCAUCCAUCAAAGCAGGAAGAACCAGAACUUUUUAUUCCUGGUACUAGACUAGUCUUAAAGCAAAAUAGACUUGGAAUUUUACCUGGCAUACCUCAAGGGAAUUCUGAAAAGUUGAAUACACCUCAAAGUUCAACAGAUAUGUGUCAGAAUAUAAUAAUAGAUAAUCUACACUCUAUUGAAUUAGGCGAUUCAAAUUCAAGAAAUUUAAUCUAUGAAUAUAAAAUUAGCCAACAUUUCCCCAGGUAUCUUCAAGAUUUACCCACUGGAUCACUUGGGAAAAUGUCAUCUCAAACAUGUCUUCCUUCUAUUAAUCACAAGGUUAUAUGUCCUACUACACUGGGAAGCUCAUGUAUCAGUGACACUGGUCAAAGCCAGAAGAUGAUCAAAGACUCUAAGCAUAUUAAGCACCGUCCACAGAAGUCUCUUGGUACUAAAAUAAGAGAGAACAGCAGGAGGUCAAAUACUUUACUUCCAGAGGAUUUAAAUCUUAUUGUCAAUUGGGGUAAAACUAAACUUAGUUUGUCUAAAAGGUAUGAUAAUUGUAUGGGUAAAAUGGAACAAAAAUGUAGUCGUUUAUCGAGAAGGCCUAUAUCUCACCCUUUAAGUACAAAAAGUACUGAGCUAUCAUUAAUAAUGGAAGGAGUUCAAUUGUAAAAAAAUAUUUUUUAUUAACAUCAGAAAAUAUUUUAAUAUUGAGCAUAAAAAAUGUUUUAUUUGUACAACAUAUAAGACACAUAUAUACUCUUGACAAAUGUGUGUAAAAUUCUCUGUUGUAAUUUUGCCAACUUGUCUACAAAUAACUUAUCACAUUUAAAGGAAAUUACUCCAUUCUCUUAAAGGUGUCGUGAUAAGUAUGAAUUAUGAAUAAUUUGGGGGGCUCUUAUUUCUGAUUUUACACUGAUUAAAAAUGUUUUUAUUUAAAUUAAGGAAAUAGAUUUUCCUCGCUUUGACUCACUGUUCAAACAUUCUACUUGGUAGCUUAUAACAUGCAGGGAUUAUUUCCAGGUAACUUGUGCAUUUUUUGCGUUUUUAUUGCUCUAAUAAUCACACUACAUGUAAGAAAAUCUAGAUGGUGGCUUUCUCUUAGUUAUAUUUCCUUAAAGGAGUUUUCUUAUACAUGAAAUAGAAAUAUGCUUAGGAUAUUAUAAGCUAUGCCACAUCUAUAAUGGCUCUAUUAUAUUAUUUUCAAAA